AUGGUAAGAGAUACUUUUCAGAAAAAUCUAGAAGUUGAUAUGAAAUUACGACUUAUCGGGAGAAGGGAGCAAGAUGGAAGAACAUAUAACCUACCGACUCCUUCUGAGGUUGCUGCUUUAAUAAUUGGUGACAUUUCGGAUUCAAUCGAAAAGAGGGAUAUCGUCGUUCAAACAAAAAAUGGUUGUCUACAACGUAUUAGUGAAUUGCAUCCUUCGUAUCUUCCUCUCCAAUAUCCAUUGCUAUUUCCAUAUGGGGAUGAUGGUUAUAGUGUUGACAUUCUUCAUAGAGGUGUGUCAUUUACGAACAACAGCAAGCGUGCGAAAUGUACAAUGAGAGAAUAUUUCGCUUAUAGGAUUCAAGACAGAGAUCAUUCGUUCUCUCUCAUACUUAAUUCAAGAAGAUAUCCUUCUGUUGUCAGACUACCUUUUCAUCUUCCUAAUCAACAGCAGAUUGUAUAUGGCGAAGACGAUGAUAUUGAUGAUGUUCUUGACAAACCUUCUGUUGCGGCUUCAAAGUUCACAGCUUGGAUGGAGUGUAAUGCAAUCGACAGUGAAGCACGAAAACUCACAUAUGUUGAAUUCCCUACAAAGUUUGUUUGGAUAUUAAAUGGUCGGUUUUGGAAGCGAAGGAAAGUAGGAAAAGCCAUCGGUAGAAUUCAUUCUGUUUCACCUAAACUAGGUGAACCAUAUUUCUUAAGGAUUCUUUUAAAUAAAGUAAAAGGACCAACAUCAUUUGAUGAUAUUCGCACGGUAAAUGGUCAAACACAUUCUUCUUUUAGAGAUGCUUGUUAUGCACUCGGGCUAUUAGAUGAUGACAAGGAAUACAUUGAUGCAAUUAAAGAAGCAAAUCAUUCUGGAUCUGGUUUUUAUCUACGCUUUUUAUUUGCUACAUUGUUGAUGUGUAAUAGUAUGUCAAAACCAGAAGUCGUUUGGGAAAAUACAUGGGAAUAUUUGGCAGAUGGAAUUCUAUAUAGACAACGACAAAGAUUUAAGUCUGCAGAAUUGUCACUCAGAGUAGAUGAACUUAAGAACUUAACUUUGUUCGAAAUACAACAAAUUUUACUUCGAAACAACUCUACUCUCAAAAGCUUCAAAAACAUGCCAUACCCAGAUGUUGAAUCCGUUUCUUCUUCAAACAAUCGGCUUAUCACCGAGGAGCUAGAUUACGACGUUCCCGUGAUAAAGAAUGACUAUGAUCGUAUGUUUCUUGCAUUAACAAAUGAGCAACGUAAUAUUUUCCUAAACAUCAUGAGUGCUAUUCAAGAAAAUAAAGGAGGUGUCUUCUUUGUUUACGGUUAUGGUGGAACGGGUAAAACUUUUUUAUGGAAAACAAUAUCUGCAGCAAUUAGAUCUGAAGGAAAUAUUGUAUUAAAUGUUGCUUCAAGCGGUAGUGCUUCCUUAUUAUUGCCCGGUGGUAGAACAACACACUCUCGAUUUAUAAUUCCAUUUGAGCUUACAGAGGAUUCUUUUUGUAACAUAAAUCCAGACGGUGAGUUGGCAAGCUUAAUAAGAAAAACCUCUUUAAUAAUUUUGGAUGAAGCACCUAUGGUCCAUAAGCAUGCAUUUGAAGCUUUAGAUCGAACUUUGAAGGAUUUAUUAAGGUGCCAUCAAUUAGAAGAAAGACAACCAACAAAAGCUAACGAAUACAAUCAGAUAAACAUGAAAAGUCCAAAUCUCAACAUGUUAAAAUCAAAGUUGUAUCAUAAACUUGAUGCCUGA